AAACAAUGAGCUCAACACAGAAGGACCAACAUGGAGCGACAAGUCAGCGCUCUCAGGAGGCCGACAAACCUCACAGAAGAAAGGGAGAUAAAACAUACACCUGUGACGAGUGUGGGAAGGAUUUUGCUUUGAAGCAUAAACUAAAACAGCAUCAAGUCAUCCACACAGGAAUUAAAGCAUACAGCUGUGACUUGUGUGGAAAGUCUUUUUCCUUGAAGAGUCACCUAAAACAACACCAACCCAUCCACAGUGGAGUUAAAGCAUACAGCUGUGAUCAGUGUGGCAGAGCUUUUACUCACAGUAGCAGCUUACAGAGGCAUCUAGUUACCCACUCUGGAAUUAAGGCAUACAGCUGUGACAUCUGUGGAAAAACUUUCAGCCUGAAACAGAGCCGAAAUACACACCUACGCAUUCACACCAGACAUGAUGUGUACUGCUGUGAUCAGUGUGGCAAACACUUUGCUAAACACACAGACUUACAACGCCACAUGUUUACCCACACUGAGGAGAGACCUUAUAAAUGUGACCUGUGUGAGAAGACUUUUAAAUCUCCACAUUACCUGAGAGAACACCAACAGAUCCACACCAGAAUGAGACUCUACAAGUGCAGUUACUGUGAGAAGCAGAGCGACACAGAAGGAUCCAGUUCUCAACCCUGUCAUCACUGUGGUGGUGGGAAAGAGUUUCAUUGUGACCUUUGUGGAAAAACUUUCAGUCAACAACACAACCUAAAAAGACAUCAACGUAGACACACUGUAGACAAACUGAAAUACUGCAAAGAAUGUGGGAGAAGCUUCCCUACAUCACAUCACUUAAAAGAACAUGAACUGAUUCACAGUGGGGUUAAAAAUCACCUCUGUGAUCAGUGUGGGUCAUCUUUCACCCUUGCAGGUCAGCUUAAAAAACACAAACGAGUCCACACAGGAGAGAAACCAUACAAGUGUAGACACUGUGACAAAAGCUUCUCGUGUUCAGGUAGUCGUAACAAGCAUGAACGUACACACUUGGAAGGAAACUACAGCUGUGACCAGUGUGACAAGAGCUUCAGGAAUCUCAGUUCAUACUACGAACACAAACGAUCCCAUGUUACUAAUAAACUGUUUCACUGUUACCAAUGUGCCAAAACAUUCACGUCAUUACCUGCUCUGUGCAAACAUCAGGGUGAUCACUCAGGGCUGAAAUCACUCCCAUCACAGUGAAUCUGAAGAGACAGAAAGAUCCUCUUCUGGUUUGAGGGUCAAAUUUAAAACCCUUGAGAUCAGGCUCCACAGAGUUCAGAUGUAAAAAUCUGAUGAGACAGCUGUGAACGAAAAUGUUUCUCUAGUAACAUUUUAACCCUCAGGGGUCAUCGGCAUGUCAAAAUCACAUGACCAAUUUAAAAGCAAGAAGAUGCAGUAGCUCAAUUUCCAUUUCAACUUGAGUCGAAAGUGUGGAUUUCAAAGUAUGUACCAGCUUUUAAAUUGUAUUGACAGGCCAUGUAAAACCAGAUUCAUGAUUUUAAAAAAAAUACACGCAGUGAUUUUUUUCUGAAUAAAACAGCAUUGUAUUUAGAGCACAAAGAAAGUGUAUAAGGGGCAUUUUCUAAGGAAGGCACUAGCAAACACUCUCCUCUUGCGGGCAAAAAAAUAAAUAGAUAGAAAAAACAUCCCUUCCCUAUUUGUGUUAAAGUGUACUAUGUCAAUCAAUAAAAAAUUAUAUGGCAUUUGGUUGUUUAGCAAGAUGGAGAAAUUUUAGGAGUGACACCAGUGAGAUAGAGAGAGUGAGCAAAAGAAAGAGAACAAGUUUUGAGAUGUCAGACGGUUACCGUGUUUGCAGUGUUCAGUUGGUGUGUAGUGUAGUCCAUAGGUUUGUUUUGUGUGUCAGAAGAAUGAGGCAACUGCUAAAUGCAAAAAAGCCACCAAUGGCAGUGUUGUGGAUUUUUUAUGACAUAUAUAGCUGUAUACACUGGACUUACACUGACAUGUAUACACUAUUGUUACAUUGAAAUUGUUAAAUGUUGUCAUUGUUUUACUUACAUUUGUAAACCUUGUCUUUACCUGUAUGUUUAGAGACAAGAGUUAAUUAAACUUACUGAGUGUGCACCUGGGA